UUAUUGUUUACUUUUAGUUUAAAAUUUUAUCAUCGGAAACUUUAUUUAGAAGAAUGUUUUGUGUGUAGCGUUUAUUUAGAUUUAUUGUAUUAAUGGUAUAUAUGUGUAAUAUAGAUUAACUUGCAUGAACUUUCAGUUUUCAAAGAGACAUUUUAUAGGGUUUUACAUCAAUUUUGGACAUGUAAUAUUUUUUUAUGAGUAAUUAUGUAACGCUAACCCGUCAUUGGUUGCGUGUGACAGUUCUUCUCACAUUUGCUUAUUUAGUUAUUAAAUCGUAUCUGAGUGAAUGUAAGAACACUAGGUUAAUAAGAGCAUUUUUCACUGCUCUUAGGUUUAACACACAAACUACCUGCAAAAUUAAAUGAUAUCGUGAACGCUUUUCAAGAAAAAUAUUUUUGAAGUUCUUUAAUCACUUGAAAAAUUCUUCAAAAGCAAUCUCCCAUCCAGAUAAUCAAAUUUGCAUGAAGAAAUAUAAAGUACAUCCUGGGAAGACUUAACAAUUUUUAAAUCAUUUAGAUUAUAGAGUUAGCUUAUUUUAUGCUUCUACUUUUUACAUGUAGGUUAUUGUCAAUCUAUAAAUAGCCAUGAAAAAAUCAUUGUGAUCAAACUGUUACAGUUUGGGGUUAUAAAAUCGCUAUGGUUGUGACAAUGGCUUCAUUGAAAGCCUCAGCUCCUAAUAAUAGUAAUGACACACAGAAAAGUGAAUUUUAUUCUCUAGCUGAUAGCCCAAGUGAUGAUAUGCAAAAUAAACUGUAUUUUGACAGUUCUGACAGUUUGAAUAUUAUACGUUCAGUUGCAAUGAGUGCAAAUGUUGCACUUGCAGUUGUUGAUGAGGUGAAACAUUUUAUUCGUGUCAGUUCUUUUAAGACUGAAAGUUUACUUGAAAGUGGUAUUUCCACUGCUGCAGACAAUUCAAACAUUGAUGUGGAACAAAUAGAAGAAGAAUUUGUACAUGAAAAUACUAGCAAGCAAGAACAUGAACAUGAUUACUUUUGUAAUUUGAUGUCAUCAUGUUCUUUUGUUUUACCUUCAGAAGAUGAUGAUAUUGUUUCAGCAGUAGUAAUUUCAAAAUGGGAUGAUGUAAUAGGACCACAGACAGUUCAUGCAUGGCUUAAAAUUAAUUUGAUAUAUGAUGAAGGUAUAAUUCUAAGUGAACAAGCAUUUAGAAAUUCAUUUAGUAGUAAAAUAUUGUCAGCAUCAGACAGUGCUUACUCAUGUGUUUGUAGUUGUGGAUUUUCGGGUGUGCCUGCUGGCAGUGAUCAAAAAAGAAUUGAGCCUUUGCAUGAUUUGUACUUUUGUAAGAAAAGACUUAGAGUUUUGAAAGCAAUAAAGUACAUCACAAGUCAUACUGUAAACUAUUCUAGUGGAAGUAUAUUUAUCAGUGACAAAACAACGGAUAGGAACAUAAGUGUCUUCAUUGUGCCUGAACUUGAUCUUGUAGCUCUGUGUGUAGUGUUUCAUUUGAGAGACAAAGAGCGAAGGAUACCAUAUUCUGUUGCUUUUGUGGCCAGCUGCCGCCACUAUGACACUUGUCUUCAACUAAGUCACUAUUGUGGACACUGGUUGCAAGAAAGCUCAUUUCGUAUUCAAGAACUGUUCCUGCAGUGUGCAGAGUCUAAUAAGAACUUCCAAGUAACUAAAGAAGUGAACGACUGGAUGCUGGAGUUUGGCUCAAGAAUGGCAUCUUUGGGAAAUUUGAAAAUGUCGGCAUUAAACCCAAGUUUUUAUUCAGGAGUGCUAGACUAUCACUUCUUGCCUUAUGCAUUGACAUCACAUCUGCAGACUUUUUGCUGUAGUGUAGUAUCAGGUUCUUCAGUGCAUUUCAUGAAUAUGCUGAUUGCCUUUUUAGCUCUUUUCUUGGAUAAUAAUGAAAGAGCAUGUUCAAGUUUUGCACAACCUACUUUUGAACAUUCAUUCCAGUUUGGACUUUAUCUUCAAGGAAUACUUACAAAUAAAUCUUUACUCCAAGAGUGUAAUUUGUUAAUGUAUGGGAAACAUCUUGAUCCCAUUACAAGUAUAAAUAUUGCCAGUGAUGUAGCAUUGGAUCCAAUAAGGCAAUCUCAGAAUCAUUGGCUUUACUUAGCACAUCUUCAAAAUAAUCUUCAUGAGGUAGCAAUUGUCAGGGAUAGUUUUGAGCCUGUGAAAAAAAGUGCCAGUUUAGUCAAUUCCUUCCUAAGUGACAUUAGCAAACUACCUUCCACCCAUUGGAAGUCCAUCAUUUACAAAUUCAAGAAAAAAUUAGAUCUUUUUGGACAUAUGUUGCUUUCAUUGAUCUCAACGCUCAGAGAAUCUGACCAUAGAAGAAAAGUUAUGUUCCAUGGAGAUUUGUGUGAAAGAAUGGGAGUCUGUGGUGCAGACUUCUUCAUUAUUCUGGCUGUGGCAGAGAAAUUGAAGCCUGGUACUUACAAGUAUAUUAUUGAAUUUGAUAGAACUUUCUCAUGACUAAGGAUUAAGAGAUCAGCAUUGUGAAGGAUACAAUGAAAACUGUUUAGUAAAUUUGUAAUCUUUGUACUUCCAAGUAUAUUAUCGAAGUGAUAGAACUUUCUAAUGGCUAAUGGCUAAGAGAUUAGCAUUUUGAAAGAUACAAUGAAAAAUAUUUAGUAAACUUGGUAAUCAUUGUACUUCCAAGUAUAUUAUUGAAUAUCAUAGAACUUUCUCAUUACUAAGGGUUAAGAGAUCAGGAUUGUGAAGAAUACAAUGAAAAGCGUUAAAUAAAUCUUACAUUGUAAACACUGUACUUCCAAGUAUGUUAUCGAAUGUGAGAACUUUCUCAUGACUAAGGGUUAAUAAAUCAUAAUUGUGAAAGAUAAAAUGAAAAGUUUCAAAUAAACUCUAUAUUGUAAUCACAAGAAUAUUGUUGAAUGUGAUAAAACUUUCUCAUGACUAAGGGUUGAGAGAUUAGCAUUGUGAAGGAUAAAAUAAAUAGAGUUAAUAUAUGCA